AUGUAUGGCUUCAAGUGCUUUUCAGCCGGGUUGAAUAAACUUUAUUCUAGCCCUCGCCGUCCCUCACCUCACGAUCAUGGACAUGGAGGAGGAUUCGGGCACGGACAUGGCCACGGUGGACCAUCAAGGGGAGGAUUUGGUCGUGGUCCCUCAAGAGGUCGUGGUCCUCCAGGUCGUGGUCCCCCAAAAGGCCGUGGUCCACCAAGAGGUCGUGGUCCCCCAAGAGGUCGUGGUCCCCCAAGAGGUCGUGGUCCCCCAAGAGGUCGUCGUCCCCCAAAAGGCCGUGGUCCCCCAAGAGGCCGUGGUCCCCCAAGAGGUCGUGGUCCCCCAAGAGGUCGUGGUCCUCCACGAGGACGUGGCCCACCUAGAAGAGGAUAA